AGAAUCUUACUCAUAUAGGCACACUUGGAUUUUAUUUUACGUGAAGUAAAUCAUUUAACUGAUUUGUUCAAGGUAUUUAUUGGCGUGCGUUUAUCCUGGAUUUGACUUAUAAAUACUUGAACCAGCUUAACUACGCUUUACUAAUCUGUGCUUAUACGAAGCAGAAAAAUCUUGAUUAUCUUCAGAUCCAUGUUUCUACAACUGUUUCUCGGAGGAUAACGACUAGUCCUGCUAAUCUUGCGUUUACAGAUGUGAGCUAGGAUAAGGAAAAUAUAGUUCUAAACCAUCUCAAGUUACAUCAUUUCAAAUCACUGUUACCGAUCAAGGUCCCUUUUGAGGAUCUUUCUGGUUGUCAUCUAAAUAGCGUCUAUGAUUAGCUUAUCCGCUCUACUUCACCAGAAUUUAAUUUAGUAACUCUGGAAGCAAGACCCAAAUUUUCUAUUUUUGAAUUUAAAAGUUGUUUAUUGUUAUCAUAAGGUGGAAAAUUGCCACGGAAUAAGGGUCAAGAUGCAGAGAUUAGCUAUGAUUUUUAUAACAUUCCUAUUUUGAUCGAUAUAAGAGAAAUCGUUCACCGGUAACUGAAUUGGAAAGAAAAUUGUUGAAACAGUGUUGUUUAAUCUGUCUGAGGAAAAGGACACGGAACUAUCGUAUAACAGAAAGAACAUAUAAGUAUAUAUUUUUUUCUGUACUACACUUGACUUUAUUAGUUUGUAUAUUUAACUGGUAUUAUUUGAUGUUACGAAAUUGUUUUAAGCAGGAUCUAUUAUUUUUCUGAAACUUUUUUGAAACUUAUAUGAUUGUUAUAUGAUUGUUAACAAUUAUUGUUUUCGCACAGGAAAACAAUAACGGUUAAUAAUUUCGAUUCGAAUCUUUUCUCUAAAUAAUAUGUGCGCUUAAAGUACGAAAGUUGAAAUGUAGGAAGGAUGAGAGUGAUGGGUGCUUUCUAUAAAUGGAGUACAACCAUUCGUAGUAUAGCAACAACUAUACUCUCAUUUACAUGGAAUGCGCACACAAAAAGGUUCGCUACUGUAUUACAAGUUGUUUCUAGUAUUCAUCUUUUCAUAUAGUUACAAGCUCAUUGAUCUUUACAGUCGAACUAAGAUUUCCAUGUAUUUUCCACAGUUUUCAUGUAACGGGGCCACCGUGACCGUUACAUUUCCUCACUACCGCGAAUUAAUUUCAAAAGAGGCUCCGCGAUGGUAGCAUAACUCCUGAUAAACCGGCGAUAAUAUCCGGUUAAUCCGAGGAAUGAACACAUGUCUUUAACUUUGAACGGAACCGGAAAAUCACUUACUGCGCGUAAUUUUUCCGGAUCUGGACGUAUACCAUCGGCACUGAUUAUAUGUCUUAAGUAGCGAAGCUCCUUCUGACAAAAAUGGCAUUUAGGUGCCAUUUGGUUCUUGAUUGCUAAAAGCUCUCGUAAAGCUCUCUUCGACCGUUCCUCGAUUACCACAACAAUUACAGUCGAAUCGGCGGUUCAGGCUAAUAGAAGUAAGCUGUAUGACUGUCCUGAAGGGGGAUGUGUAUUUUCGUUUAUCAGAUACGUAAAUUUAACUCAACAUUUACGUACAGGAAAACAUCGACGUCGAAUAGAACGCAGUUCCAUGAGGGACAUGGAUUUGAAGGCGAUACGUGAAAAGCAAACAAAAACAGUAGUUGUAGACGAAGUGGAGGAGGAAGAUGACGAUGAAUUUGACGAUAAUCAGGCAGUUGAAGAGACUGAGCAAAGAAAUAAUUUAAGAAAUUCAAUGGGAAUUAGCAAUGAACAAUCAUCACCUCCAGCUUCCUUUCGAAACCGAGCAGUGUCACCCGAUAAAAGAGCUGGAUCAACGACUGAUGUUCGUCCGGAUAAAAAACGUUCGUCAUCGAGGAAACGUACUGGUGUCAAAUAA